UCAAAAAACAAUCAAAACUAUUUUAAAAGUCAAAAUUAAAACCAAACAAAAAUACCAAAAAAUAAAAUAUCUGAUAAUAAAGUAUCUGAUAAGUUUUUGUGAAAAAAGUAAAUAAUUUGUUUAAUAAAACAAGAAAAUUAAAUAAAACCAAAUUUAUAUAAAAAAAAAAGAGAAAAUCAAAAUGAGCCAAGCAGUUGUAUGUAAUCAAUGUAAAAAAGACAUAACAACAACAAACUACGUAAAAUGUUACAAUUGUAACUCGAACUACCAUUUCUCAACGUGCUCCCCGCUUUCUGAGAGUACAUACUUAGGAAUGUAUGGUGAGAGGAAAACUUCAUGGAAGUGUCACUUAUGCAAACCAAGAAGCCGAUCUCCAAAUACACUUUAUCAAGCUGUUGUUUUUGACGAUAAAAACAACAAAAAACAAGCAAGAACCGACGAUGAAGAGAAUGCAGAAGUUGAUCAAUCCAAAAAAUUUAAGGAAACUAUGUCAUUGACCUCUGUCAAUAAUAAAAUAUGUUCUGUCCAAUCUGAUGUCAAAGAUUUGGCAAAAACAAUUGGAGAGCUCUCAGCAAACGUUAACACGUUAAGUGUACAAAUUAAAGAAGACAUCCACCUUGCUCUCACAACAAUAACAAAUACAAUUACAUCUCUAGUUUCUCAAGUAAAAGAUCUUAAUGAGAAAGACAAACAAAGAGAUACACAAAUCAGCGCAAUGGAAACACGCAUAAACAAAUUAGAACAACAAACUAUCAACAAAAAUAUAGAAAUAAAAAAUAUUCAAAAUAAACAAAUCUCCGAGUUUGAUGUUGUUAAAACCAUUGGAGCAUCAAUUAAUGUUGAAAUAAGAGAGGAAGACAUAAGCAAAGCAUAUCGUUUAAAAAAGCAAGACGAUAAGGUGAUUGUAGAAUUUUCUACACUGAACAAAAAAGAUGAUAAUAAAUAUAUAUACAUAAACGAUCAACUAACGUUCAACAACCGUCGUCUUCUAUGGCUAGCUAAAACUAAAGCAAAAGAGGCAAAAUGGAAAUAUGUAUGGGUACGCAACGGAAAUAUUUUUGCACGCAAAACUGAAAAUUCUCCCUUAUUUGUCAUCAAUAAUGCCGCGGAUAUCGAAUCCAUUAAUAACUCUAUGUAAACUAAACACACAAUCCUUAUACAUAUGUUAACUGUUUUAAAUAAAAUAAUGAAUAAUAAUAAAAAACAAACUUUAACUACUUUUAAUCAAAUUAAUAAAGACUUCUUAAGUUAUCCCAUAUCCCUAAUAUACACGAACAUACGCUCGCUAAGACUCAACUUUACUUCUUUUCUGGCAACAAUAAAUAAUAUAAUAACCCAAAUUAAAUUCAUUAUCUUAGUUGAAACCAAUAUAACUGAUAAUGAAAACAUUUUUUACAAUGUAAGAGGUUUUAACGCAGUCUUUUUCAACAGAGUAAACAGAGGAGGAGGAAUUGCUGUGUACAUUGCAGAAGAUUUAAAUUUUACUGAAAUCUCCCUAGAAUCUAUCUCUUUUGAAAUCAUACAAAUAGAUGUAAAUAUUAACAACAAAAUAAUUUCUUUACUUUCCGUUUAUCGUCCCCCACACGAAAAUACUACAUCGUUUGUCAACGAACUUGAUACAAUCAUAAAUAAUAUAAAGAAAAAACAAGAGAUUAUACUAGUGGGAGAUAUAAAUAUAGACAUAUUAAGAGAAAACAUUACAACAACAACAUAUCUUAAUAUGAUAAUGUGUAAUGGACUGCAAUGUAUGAUAAACGAGAGUACACGUGAAGAUAUCCAAAAAAACACAAGAACGUGCAUCCAUCAUCUCUUUAUAAGAAACAAUAAAGCAACAACAAAAGCAUAUGCUCUAAUAAUAACAACAAACAUAUCUGACCACUACUCUCUAUAUUGUUGUAUAAAUGAAGAAGUAAACAACCAGAGUGUGCUAACCACAACUAGCUUGGGGCCACAAUUUAAUAAUUUUAAAAUUAAUAAACAAAUCCAAGAUACAAAUUGGAAUUCAAUAGCUCGACAAAUAUCAAAUACAAAUGAUCUUUACAACAAAAUGUAUGAAAUAUUCGAUGAAAUAUAUAAAAAAUCAAGUAAAAAAUCAAAAACUAGUAAAAAAAGAUCGAUAAAUCCGUGGAUUAGUGAAGAAAUUGUUAAAUAUUGUGAUACGCGGGAUAAACUUUUUAAAAAAUGGAGAAAUAAUCCAAAAAACAAAAUAUAUGAACAAGAAUAUAAAACAUUUAGAAAUUUAUUAAACAAAAAAAUAAUUUAUGAAAAAAACAAUUAUUAUAGAAAUAAAUUUGUUGAAAACGGAAACGAUAUACGCGCUA